AGUGAUUAUAUACACCGUUACACACCUACAUAGCUCAUGGUAAACAACUGCAACAAGUCAAAACAACUUUGGCGCUUAAGUUCACAACCGACAGCUAACUCGUUUACUGUCGCUACAACCGUUAGUCCCAUGCCUAUUUACGCUUUCAUGUCGCAAUAUAAACGCACAAGUGAAUUUCGCGGCUGUUGGGGCGUAUGUGGUCCGGUUCGAGGACAUGCGCCAGUAUACUUCAGUUUCGCAUUAGUGCUAAUGCUAAAGCAGACAUUUGAGCGCGCUCAGACAUAUUUUAUAUAUUGGAUGCUUGUUUACAGUAUGUUUUCCAGUUCUAAACAUGAAUAUUCCAUACUAAGUUUUGUCUGCGAGUUAUAAACUGCAAGUGCAAGAACAAGUGGACCAACAGUAACUACGCAAAAAUGCGACACAGUAAACGAACGCUGCACAGUCUAAGCAAUAACAACAACAACAUACCGUGGCUAUUGCUGCUAUGUCUGCUCAUCGCCUCACCAGCCACCACCAUGGCAGCCAGACGUUCGCGUCUCGAUCUGGCUGAGAGCGCACAACCUGUCGCCCCAAACGCCAACGCCGCCUCCACUGCCACCGCCACGAAGGACAGCAAUUUGCCUAUUGCCGAACAACAACAGAUCGCCACAGCCGCAUUAGCCGAUGCAGCAGCACCACCCGUGGUAGCACCUGUGGCAGCACCGGUUUCCACGGCCACAGCCAGCAACAACGUCGAUGCGGCAACCGGCGACGAUGCGAAGCGUCAAUCAGAAGAGUCUGCAGUCGGUAGCAAAACACCGGCUGUCGCUACCGAUUUGGGGGGUGGCUCCGAGGCAAAACAUGCCAUUGACAACACGGUGGUGGCCAGCGAAGCGGAAAGUGAACCACAACAAGUUGAUGUACACUCGGAUGCUGCAGCAGCGUUAGCGUCGGCGGCGACGGCGGAGGUGCCGGUUGCAGCACCUGCGGCACUCAGUUCGACAACCACGGCUGCGGUAGCGUCGGCUGAAAAGUCGGCUGCACCUGAACAACACAAUGCCGAUGAGGAGGAUCAAUUACCCAAGGAACAGAAAGAAUUGCCGACAGAGAUUGGCGAUGAGGACAUUGACUUGUUGGAUGCCAGCAGUAGCACUGGUUCGGUUAGUGGCGGACACGACGGUAACACGGUUGAGGAAUGCGAUCCGGAGUUGAUUGGCUUCGAAAUUGUGACAGGUUACGUCUUCUCCGCUCCUGGAAAAUUAUUAAACUCACUGCCUGGCACAUUAAUGUUAACCGAUUGCUUAGAGGCUUGCCAAUCGAACGAGGCUUGUCGUGCUGUGAACUAUGAGACUGGAUUGUGUGUACUCUUCUCGGCUAAUGCAGAUAAGUUACCAGGCGCACUCACCAAGUCACAAUUCCCCGUCUUCACAAUUUAUGCACAGAAAUCAUGUCUCGGCAUUCGGCCGUGCGCACGUGCCUGGUGUGUUGACCGCGUGCAGGGCUAUAAGCUAAAUGGCUAUGCAAAGCGCACGAUACCAGUGAUUUCGCGACGUGAUUGUUUGGAGUUGUGUUUGGGCGAAUCCGAAUUCACAUGCAGAUCGGCCAACUAUUAUCGCAGCAGCCAGACUUGUGAGCUCUCCGAAAUGGAUCGCAUUACGUUGGCCGGCAGUGGCGCAUUCCAGCCGCACGAUGCUGUCGAUUAUCUGGAGAAUAACUGCGCCGAUGAGCCAAAUAAAUUGUGCGAGUUCAAACGCUUGUCCGGCCGCAUAUUGAAAACGGUGGAUUCGGUGUAUCAGGAUGUUGGCAGCAUUGAUGAGUGUCGUGAUUUAUGCUUGAACUCGCCGUACAGAUGCCACUCCUACGACUACGGUGAUACCGGCGAUAUGGUCUGCCGUCUUUCGCAUCACAGCCGCGCUACACUCUCCGACGUGCAAGAUCCCUACCUAGAAGUGCCGGAAGCUGCCACCUACGAACUUUCAUCCUGCUACAAUGUGACCAUAGAAUGCGGCGCCGGCGAUAUGAUUGCACGCAUACGCACCUCCAAACUGUUCGACGGCAAAGUAUAUGCUAAGGGUUCGCCUAAAUCUUGUGCGGUUGAUGUGAAGAAUUCACUGGACUUUGAGCUGCGCAUGGGCUAUCAGGAUCUGGAAUGUAAUGUACGGCAAAGCGGUUCAGGACGUUAUAUGAACGAUGUGGUGAUACAGCAUCACGAUACGAUUGUGACAUCAUCUGAUUUGGGUUUGGCUGUUACCUGUCAAUAUGACUUGACCAACAAGUCGGUAUCGAAUGAAGUGGAUCUCGGUGUGAAGGGUGAUAUUGAGCCGGCACUCAGCGAAGAGGUUAUUGUCGAUUCACCGAAUGUGAUAAUGAAGAUCACCUCACGUGACGGUGCCGAUGUUAUGCGUUCGGCUGAAGUUGGUGAUCCCUUGGCGCUCAAAUUCGAAAUACUCGACGAACACAGUCCCUACGAGAUCUUUGUACGCGAACUGGUCGCCAUGGAUGGUACUGAUAAUGCUGAAAUUACACUCAUCGAUUCGAAUGGUUGUCCUACGGAUCAUUUCAUUAUGGGACCGAUCUAUAAGAGUUCGUUGUCUGGUAAAAUACUGCUAUCACACUUUGAUGCUUUCAAAUUCCCCUCUUCGGAAGUUGUACAAUUCCGUGCGCUCGUCACACCUUGUAUGCCGACAUGCGAACCAGUGCAAUGUGACCAAGAGGAUAUUGGUGGUGAAUUCAAAUCGUUGAUAUCAUAUGGACGUAGGAGACGUUCUUUGAAUAUAACAGCAACAUUUGCCGGUACUGUGCAGAGUAGCCAUGAACAACACAAACAACAACUGCUGGCGGAGCAAGAGCGCUUGCGCAGCCAACAACAACAAUUGCGCCUGCGCACCAGACGCGAGACUGCGGCCACGACCAGCAGCAAACCUAGUCAAGAGGACAUGCUUUUGGUACAAUCAAUUCAGAUCACUGACAAAUUUGGCUUCGAUAAGCAGCAGCAACAACAACAGCCUAAGUCGACGGCUUACGAUAGCAACGAGACGAUUUUCAUUAGCGGCGAGGCAGGACAAGGAUACUGUGUUAAUGCGAUUGGUCUCAUUGUUGCCGUCACUGUCUUCUUGUUAGCACAACUCGCGGUCAUUGCCAUCUGGACCUAUCUGCACCAACGACGCCGAAAGCAACAACACUACAGCAACGAGGGACUUAGCAGCGCCUCCAGCUAUGGCUCACACAAUGGCGGCUCGACAAUGGUGACCAGUGUGCCGAAUGCGCGAUCGGAAUCGUUAUGCAAGCUCUAUGAUAGCGGUUUCGCCGGGCGACAUGGACGCCAAUUCUAGACGAGCACAGGAAAUGAGAACAGAAAAACACAAAGCAGGCAAACAAAAAAAGAAAUAGAUAGGAAGAGAACAAACGAUAAACCACCUUAUAAGGAUUUAUUGAGUAAUUGAGGCGAAGUGUUGGUUGGUUGGUUUGGGGGUAGAAUCUGACGAGAAAAAAACAAAAUAUGCGAGUAUUCUUGCCGCAAGUAAUUAGAGGGUGUAAUAGUACACUUAAUUGAUGCAAUAUGACGAAAAUUUUAACUAUGAACGCCAUUAAGUAAGGGAAGCAAGCGAAAAAGAAGUGCAGGCGUUGCUUGGCAGAUUUAAUAUACGAUUUAAUAUUCGAGGUGCGUUCCGAUGAAACUCACAUGGUGCCGGAUAGUAAAUCUCGUGGGCAAUAUUCUAACAAUACACAUUGCUUAUAUUGAUUAAGGUAAUGAAUAGUUUAUUAUUAUACGCGAAAAUAGGCAAGAAAAACUAUGAAAAAUAUACGAAAAAAGGAGACGGCGACGAAACGAAGAAAAUAUAGGAAGAAGAAGAAAAAUAGUCUAAAAAUCUAGUUUUAAGUUGUGCAAUGAAACAGACUCAAUUGCAAUGGAAUAUUUAAGCGAAAAUCGAAAGCAAUAAGACAUUACAAAAAACAUAUAUAUUUAUACACACACACAAGCAUACACAUUAGAAAUAUGUAGUGGAAAAAAGGACGACUGAUAAUUAAAAAUUUGUAUUAAUUUUCUUUAUGAAAAUUGCAAAAUUCAAAAUGCAGCGAAAUAAGGAAAUUUAAUACGAUGCCAGAACGGCUUGCAAGCUACAGCGUGGUUGCGCCGCAGGCGAGACGUAAACUUAAGUAGAUUUUAUGCAUACAUACAUAUAACUAAGUUAACGGUAAAUGCAAUUAUACACAUGAAAAAAUAUUUAGCUUGUAGAGUUGCUGCAUUUAUUGAGAAUUUUAAAGUAGUUAAAUCCAAUCAAUAGUUCUAGAAACUAGUUUUACAAAACAACCAUAAAGGCAGUGUAAGCGAACAGCCACAAAGCAACACACAAACAUAAAUAAACACAUACCACAGCCAGAACAGUCACAAACUAGACAACCGCGCCGCAUACCACACACACCCACACGCAGCCACAUUUUUUAUAACGCAUUAACGCUUAAGUUACACAGUUAAUAUAACUGUAUGCAAUAUAAUUUAGUUUAGUUAUGCAAGAGGAGGAGGAGGAGAAAAUUACGCGUAAUUUGUAUGCCAAUAAGCUCGACUUUUCACUUGUCCUUUUUUCUAACACACAUCAGGCAAUAACAAAAUUUAAGCAUUAUUUAUGUUUCAUUUAUUAAUUUAAUUACAAUGAUUUUGCUUUUGUUGCAAAUUUUUGGAAUGAAAUUCUGCUUAUAUAAUUUAUUCUUGUAGUCUCUAGCCUUAGUUUAUAAUAUCGAAAUAUAUACACAUACUAUAUGUAUAACCGUAUGGCGGUGGUGUUGGGCCGCCAGUUUAGUUAAUAUAAUAUUUUUAGUUAGCGCAGUAAAAGUACAGUUAUUGCCUAGACCACACGCCACUUUGUGCUAAGCGUGAAAAUAUAUUUGAAUUUUGGUGUGAAAUUUCAAAACUGUCAUAAACAAUUCUUUAAGCAAUUCACAUUUUGUACUCUUAUUUUGAUAAAAAUUAAUAAAUAAAUAAAAUAAAAUAAU